CUCUUCUCUCCACAUAAAUAUUCAUUCUCCGCUUUCUUCUUUCUUCGGAAUCUCUCCCUCCUUCCAUUUCCCCAACUCCCAACUCCAAUGCCAAUGCCAUUUCUUCCUCACCUUUUCACCUAAAAUUAAAUGCUCUUCUUCUUCCUAAUCCUCGUGGCGGCGGCAGUGAUGUGACGAGGAUUGUGAUUUUGGAAUUAGGCUGUGCGAAUCGUGUCGUGGGGUUGUGUUCCAUCGUGGUGAACGUUUAGAAAUGGAUGGAAAUGGUAGGAUGAAAUUCAACGGAAUCAGCCAGCUUGUGAAGCUGAAAGAGGCUCUCCAACACUUGCACGCCAUCGCAGCUCGCCAGAAAAAGAAAGCAGUAGCCACCAAUGAAAGCGAAAGCAAAAAUGUAAAUGAAAAUGAGAAUGAGAAUGAGAAUGAAAAUCAAAAUCAUCAGCAGAUGCUUUCAGUGGUAAUCAACAAAAGGCUGGCGGGUUACUUGUGUUGCGAUUCGGACGAGGAGAGCAGCUGCCAGAGCCCCGAACAUCCAGCCGAUGUGCCGAAAGGGUUCUUGGCCGUUUACGUCGGGGAAGGGGAAGGGCCGGAGCUUCGCAGGUUCAUCAUUCCCACAAGCUAUCUUAGCCAUACGGUGUUCAAGGUGUUGCUGGAAAAGGCCGAGGAGGAGUUUGGAUUUGAUCACUGCGGCGGCCUCACGCUCCCAUGCGAGACCGAGACCUUCAAAUACCUUCUCAAGUGCAUGGAGCAGCAGCCAAUGCCUCUUCCUGCAGAGACCAACCCAGCUGCUGGGACUUCUUUAACCAUGGAAGGAUAAAAAUGGUGGUUGUGAUCCGAUCCAACCAGAUUGAGAUGGACUAAUAUUUCUCUGUUCGUGUUGUGAAUUGCUGUGUUGUUGGUUUUGGUUUGAGAGUAAGAAAAAUUUAGGGAUAUAUGUUUUUAGGAUGUGAAUCAGGCAGAUUUAUGUACCCUUUUUUUUCUUUUUUCCUUUUUCCCUCUCUUUCUCUCUUUUGUGUGGAAAACCCUCUCUCUCUCAGGGGAUGUGAACUUCAAUUUGCUUCCCUGUAUUUGAAUGUGAAGCACAUGAUUGUUUGACCACACAAUAUGCCACAUGGAUCUCACUCAUUUUAUAAUCCACCAUGAAA